GUUCCACACGCCACCCCCUCCCUCCAAAGACUGGGACGGCGCCUCCAUUUUUGUUUUGGGGCGGAAGGGCAGGGGCUCGUGGAUGGAAGGGGGUCAAAGGAAACGGUGAUUAUCACCUGUACGGGGGAAGCGGGUGCCGUCCUCCCUCCUACCCUUCCAGUCUGCACCCCCUCUGCAAACUCCCCCCCACCUUCUCGGGGUCUCCCCCCCCCUUGUUGCUAAGGCCCAGACCGUCAUCCCAGCAACAGCCUCAGUCAUGUGACCGGCAAUGGCGGCGCUGACGGGAGGUGCAUCUGGUCUUGAGGGGACUAUGAUGGAGGCACAGACAGAGAGCCGCUCCCCUUUGGAUCAGUCAAGGAAUUGAGGUCACACUAAUGGCCCCUCUUUCUAUUUGAGCUACAUUUGGAGGUGUUGUAGGGACAGCUCUGUAGCUGAACAUGGCUUUCUUGAGAGCCUCAGAGCUGGGGAAGAAAAGAGGAAAGUUAGCAUGUUGAAGUUCCAUCUUUAGCAACUUGGGAGAGGCUGGGGAUGCAGUUCUGCAGAAGAGGAGAGGAAAUGGAAGAGGAGUUUUUUCCUGGUCAGCUGAGUGUGGAAAUAGAGGGAUUUCUGCUGCUCUCAUUGUCCAUGGGCUUCCCAGGUCACACAACCUACAAGUAGGGAGCAGGGACAGCGAGAGAGAGCCUGCAUGCCAAUUCUAAGCUCUUCAGGAUCAAAAAUGGCAGCCUGUGGAGGCACCUGCAAGAACAAAGUGACUGUCUCCAAGCCUGUGUGGGACUUCCUGAGCAAGGAGACCCCAGCCCGGCUGGCCCGGCUUCGGGAGGAGCACCGUGUGUCCAUCCUCAUAGAUGGCGAGACUUCUGACAUCUAUGUCCUCCAGCUUUCCCCACAGGGCCCUCCCCCGGCCCCUCCCAAUGGGCUCUACCUGGCCCGGAAGGCUCUCAAGGGGCUGCUAAAAGAGGCUGAGAAAGAGCUGAAGAAAGCUCAGAGGCAGGGCGAGCUUAUGGGCUGCCUGGCUUUGGGGGGUGGCGGGGAGCACCCUGAGCUACACCGUCCAGGGCCCCCCCCUCCCCCUUUGCGAGCAGCCCCGCUUCUGCCCCCAGGGGCUCGGGGGCUCCCUCCUCCUCCCCCUCCCCUCCCCCCUCCCCUUCCUCCCCGCCUUCGGGAGGAGGCCGAAGAACAGGAGAGCACCUGCCCCAUCUGUCUGGGGGAGAUCCAGAACGCCAAGACAUUGGAGAAGUGCCGGCACUCAUUCUGCGAGGGCUGCAUCACCCGGGCCCUGCAGGUGAAAAAGGCCUGUCCCAUGUGUGGCCGCUUCUAUGGGCAGCUGGUGGGCAACCAGCCCCAGAAUGGGCGGAUGCUCGUCUCUAAGGACGCCACACUCUUACUGCCCAGCUAUGAGAAGUAUGGCACCAUCGUCAUCCAGUACGUCUUCCCGCCCGGUGUCCAGGGGGCUGAACACCCAAACCCAGGAGUUCGCUAUCCUGGCACCACCCGGGUGGCCUACCUCCCGGACUGCCCUGAGGGCAACAAGGUGCUGACCCUGUUCCGCAAGGCAUUUGACCAGCGACUCACCUUCACUAUCGGCACGUCCAUGACCACAGGGAGACCGAAUGUCAUCACCUGGAACGACAUCCACCACAAGACCAGCUGCACAGGGGGACCCCAGCUGUUUGGGUACCCAGACCCCACCUACCUGACCCGGGUGCAAGAAGAGCUGAGAGCCAAGGGUAUCACAGAUGACUGAAGGCCAUCCCCUUUGCCAAGCCCUUGCCUUUCUCCAUAGGACCCAGCGGAAGCCUCUGUUCUCCUCUCUCCCUCUGCCCCCCACACCAUACGAAUAGGGGACCAGUCUGACUGGGGAAGGAGUUCAGAGAGGGAGGGGGCAGUCCCUUCCCCUGUCCCCCCUACAGGCGAGUGCUUCAGUGCAGUGUGAGCCACUCCCUUCUGGCAGAGGGAUCUUCCAGGCUCUGCUCCCCUCCUCCCCCUGUACAUACUCCCAAUCUCCCUACCCCCUCCACUGCCCUUGGCUUUUUCUGGUAUGUGCUGUGCUCCAAUGACUAAGCUGAGAAAGGACCUGGGUGGGGAAGGAGGUUCUCUUGAGCCCCCUGCCCCCACAAACUGCUCCACUGAUGAACUUCGGUGUGGGGGAGGGGGCAUGGGGCUGAGGUGAGCCCCCAAGGAGCCGGCCUUGUGUGUUCUUCAGAAACAGUCCCCCUUCUACCUUAACCUUGUCCUUUCUCUCGCGUGUCUCCGUCUCUGUCAGUCUGUCUCCCGCUCUGCCCCCUAUAAGGAGCCUCCUUACCCUGUUCUGGAAUCGCCGCCAGACUGUAGCUUUUAAUUUAAUAAAAAUAAAGUAAAAUAUGCAACUCUA